AUGAUCGGCGGGGACGUGCGAGGCACCAAGCCUUCGAUGGCGGCCUCGCCCGCCAUCGACCUGGGAGAGUCUCUCGAGGCUCUCUUCAAGCGUGCACGCAUUGCCGACAAGUUUUACCGCAAGUGCGAAGGGCAGCUCGAGGACCUGGGUGUGGGUGAUGCUGGCGACCUCCUCGAGGUGGUCGCUUUGAAGGGCAUCGAUGCAGCUGCGGUCUUGGCAUCCCUUGGCAGCCUGUCGCUGGACGACACCCCUCCUGGGGUGGCGGCUGGCGAUCAGGAGGCUGGUGGCGCGGCCAACGCGUCUGCUCUCGACGGCAUGGCCGUCGAUGGCGGCUUCGCGAGCGCCGACGAGCAGCAGCUCAGGCUCCAAAAUGGAGCCGGGCUGCUCUCACAGCGGCGCUGGUACGAGCGCUGCUGCUGA